CUGGAGGCAGCCAGGGCAGGAGGCGAGGAUGGAUUUCCAGCAGCUGGCGGACGUUGCGGACAAAUGGUGCUCCAACACCCCCUUCGAGCUCAUCGCCACCGAGGAGACCGAGAGGAGGAUGGAUUUCUACGCCGACCCGGGCGUCUCCUUUUACGUCCUCUGCCCCGACAACGGCUGCGGGGACAAUUUUCACGUGUGGAGUGAAAGCGAGGACUGCCUGCCUUUCCUGCAGUUGGCUCAGGACUACAUCUCUUCCUGUGGUAAAAAGACACUCCAUGAAAUACUGGAAAAAGUCUUCAAAUCAUUCAGACCUCUAUUGGGGCUUCCAGAUGUAGAUGAUGAUGCAUUUGAAGAAUAUAACGCAGAUGUGGAAGAAGAGGAGGCAGAAGCCGAUCACCAGCAAAUGGGUGUCAGUCAGCAGUAAUUUUUGGAGGAAAUUAAAAUAUAUUUUAUCCUACCAGGUGGGGUCUUAUGCUUCUGCGUUAGCAUUUUGUUUUAAUUAGCACAUCACACUGGAAAAAUCUGCCUCCCAAAUCCAAGGUUUAAAAAGAUAAGAGAAAGAAAGAAAGCAACAAUAUUUUUCAGAAGUCUGUGAUGAGCUUUUGCAAAGAAGCGGCCUGAAUUUCACUCCUGCUUCAGUGAGGUUUCUAUGGCGUUGUCUUGGUAGCAUUCUGCCAAUGUUAACUUAGACCUAGUUUUUUUCUUGCUGACUUGUCUUUUUUGUUGUUUUUAUUAUUAUUAUUAUUAUUAUUAUUAUUAUUAUUAUUUGUUUGUACAGGAGAAUUAACGUUUCACUGACCUGAAUGUGAUUUGAAUGUAGGAAUUAUUUGGUUGGUGUGUUAAGUACUCGCGUGCCCUUACUGAGGACCAUCCAUGCAGAGAAUAAAUGCAGUCUGCACUUUC